AUGAACGUGAAAAUCUCAGUUGUUCUCACCCUGUGUGCUUUCCUCACCACAACUGUGAGCCUCCUUGAGGAGGAGGAGUGCCCCCGUGUCCUGGAUUACCUCCAAAAUGCCACCACCAACAAUUUAAUUAAAAAAAGUGUCCAAAAACGUUUUGUUGAUCCAACUUUUCGUGGUAAUCCCAAAACUCGCGAGGAAGUCUGGCAUAGUAAUUUCAACACAACCUCCUCUUCUUUCGAUCAAACCCCAUCCUUAAUUAUUCUUCUCAAUAAAAUCACAACGCAAUACCUCAAUUCGUGCAUCCCAGUUAUUCUCUACGAUAAAUUCGUGCAAAAUUCAGACAGCGUUAUCCUACAGAAACUCUUCCAGACCUUCCCAAUGAGCUACAUUCACGGUAGGAUUACUCAAAACUACACAGUGGAGAAGCCGGAAUUGCUGCAAGUAGCCACAGAUUCAAAAUGCCGGAGCUAUAUUCUCUUCCUUGCGGAUGCAAUGAUGACACGAAAGGUUUUGGGUCCACAAAUCCGUGCACGUGUCGUUGUAAUCCCCCGGACAACACAAUGGAAGCUCCAGGAAUUCCUCUCAUCACCCCUUUCGCGUGAUAUUGUGAAUCUCCUUGUUAUUGGGGAAUCAUAUUCAUCGGCAGAAGUCUCCAAAAAGCGCCCCUUUGUCUUGUACACGCACAAACUCUAUGCAGACGGUUUGGGUGCCAAUAAGCCCAUCGUGCUGACAUCGUGGAUCAAUGAUAGGCUCAGCCGACCUCAUGUGAAUCUCUUCCCGCCAAAAUUCCUCAAGGGCUUUUCUGGGCAUCGCUUCCUCGUGGCUGCUGCGCAUCAACCACCAUUUGUGUUCAAGAAGAAAUCCACCGAUGGCGUGGGUAAUGUCAACAUUGCAUGGGAAGGACUUGAACUGCGCCUGCUGAAUAUCCUCAAGACCAAGCUGAACUUCACUUAUGAAAUUAUGGAGCCACACAAUCAGAAACUCAGCUCCGGCGAUGGAGUUGUGCAGGAGGUGGCUCUUGGAACGGCGGACAUUGGAGCUGGGGGGGCGUAUGUGACGACCCAACGAAUAGCGGAUGUUGAGAUGACCGUUGGGCAUUCACGUGAUUGUGCCGCCUACGUGACACUCAUGUCCAAAGCUCUGCCACGAUAUCGUGCAAUUCUCGGACCCUUCCAGUAUCCCGUGUGGAUUGCCCUCACCUUCACAUACCUCGUGGCAAUCUUCCCGCUUGCCUUCUCCGAUCGCCUAACCCUGAGUCACCUCUAUGGGAAUGCCGGAGAAGUGGAGAAUAUGUUCUGGUACGUCUUUGGAACAUUCACCAAUUGCUUCACAUUCAUUGGUAAGUAUUCGUGGAGUACAAGCAAGAAGGACUCCACGAGGAUGCUCAUUGGAUGGUAUUGGGUCUUCACAAUCAUCAUUACAUCCUGCUACACGGGAUCCAUCAUUGCCUUCGUCACUCUGCCCAUUUUCCCAGCAACUGUUGACUCAAUUGAUCAACUUCUCAGUGGAUUCUAUCGCUUUGGGACGUUGGAGAAAGGUGGCUGGGAGUACUGGUUUGCCAAUUCCACGCACAAGGAUACAGCACGUCUUAUAAAAGAUCUGGAAUUUGUUCGUGAUAUCCCUGAGGGUAUUAACAAUGUCACGAAGGCUUUCUUCUGGUCCUACGCUUUUCUCGGAUCUCAACGGGAGCUGGAAUAUGUUGUCCAAUCCAACUACACGGAUGAAACUCUGGGUAAACGAUCAGCUUUGCACAUCAGUGAUGAUUGCUUCGGAUUAUUCUAUUCUGCCUUUGCAAUGCCCAAAGAUUCCGUCUACACGGAUCCCAUCAAUGAAGCCAUCUUGCGAAUGCAACAAAGUGGUUUGAUUGAUAAACUCUCAAAUGAGGUGUCGUGGGCAAUGCAACGCACCCCUGCUGGGAGACUCCUACAGGUUAUCCCGGGGAAAGUGGCAGCAGUUGCAGUGGAGGAACGUGGCCUCACUCUCGCAGACACCGAAGGGAUGUUUCUGCUCCUGGGAAUGGGCUUCGUCCUUGCACUGGCUGCUCUAGUUUCCGAAUGGGUUGGUGGAUGCACGAAAAAAUGCAAAAGUAUCCUCCUGAAGCGUCGUCGUCGUGCCGAAGGGCUCCCAUCGGAGGAAGUCUCCGAAACCACCUCAUACCAUCCCAAUUCCAUUCAACCAGAUCACCAAGCAAACUCGGAGUUUCACUUGAGUGGCAUUGCGAGUCAAUCGGAGAGGGAAAUAGGGCGCGAAGGCAGUGAGAAGACUCCACGAAAGGCAAUGAGCCUGAAGAGCCUCAAUCAGCACACACUGAAGGAACUAUUUGAUGGCCCAAAGAGGAGGCAUUCAACGGUUAUCCUCAUGGAUGGGCAAAUGAUGACGGAUGCUGAGGCACUGGAGAAGCUUCAGCAGAAGCACGAGGAAGCUGAUUCGAUUAAUAUUUUCCGACUUUUUGGGUAUCUCGAUAAGGAAAUCCAAGAAAUGGAAAAACCAGCACUAAAUGGCGGCUCCCUUGAUGCUGAAAUCAUCCAUGAGGUGCAUGAAGUUGAGAUAAAUCGUCCUGCAACACCAUUUAGCUGUGAAAAAAUCGACGAAGCCUUCGGGGAGAAGGUCACACACCCAUAA